AUGGAUCAGCGUCUGUGUGACAACAGUGCUCCUGAAGGCUACACAACCAUCAUGCUUGAGGAGUGGAUGAAGAAGGACCCCAAGAAGAACAAGCUCCUGCUGGUGCAGGUGGCAAUGCUCUUCAUCAUUGGCAAGCUCAAGAAGUUUAGCGCCAAGUGCUGGAAGGACUGUUUGUUGCGCCAGGGCAUGUUCAAUUCGGCCUGCAACUAUGUGCUCAAGUCCAAGAAUGAUUGCAGCUUCGUGAUGUUCAACAAAGACUGCACCAUCCUCUCUUUUGACAAUGGCAUCUUCUGCACCAUGCAGCAGGUGGACAAGGAGGACCCAUCAAUUGAAUACAUGCUGGUGUGCCACUUCAUGCAGUAUGGCAGCCCUGAGCUCGCCUGGCUGCCUGCACAAUUUGGAUUGGCCAACUACAUCUGGGGCUCCAUCAAUCCUGAGUGGCUCAUGUGCAAUCUGCAUGACAUCCUGAUGCCUGUUGUUGAGGGCAUGCUCUGA